GGGUGCCUAGCCUCGAUGAUUUCGUGGGUCAAAGCUGGACUGCCUGGGCCGAGUGGGCCGGUGUGACGGCAGCGGAUGGGCCCGAUGUGGACGACUGCAGCAAGAAUGGCAAAAAGGCUGCAGAGGCCAUGUCACUCAGUAAGGAGGACAUGUCCAUCUUUGGCCUCUACCCGGGCCACGAUGACUUCUACCUGGUGGUGUGCAGCCACUGUGGCCAAGUGGUGAAGCCGCAGGCAUUCGAAAAGCACUGCGAGCGGAGACACGGCCCUCUGGCCAAGCUUUACGCCCGACUGCGCUCUCCCGCUCCUGCACCCCAGCCCCAGCAGAGGCCCCACCACGGCCACUCUCCUUCCCACGGGACCAAUGCUGCUUCCGCUUCAGCCUGGGAGGGCCGUGGCCAGGGCGUCGGGCAGCUACGGGCGGCCCCGCCUUCACCUUCCACCCCACCCCAGUACAGACACUCCAAGAACUCCAAGGAUGGAGUCCGACAUUCCCCACUGGAGAAGUCCACCCACGGCAGCCACACAGAGUCGUCAGUAUUCAAGCAGCCGCCACCCCUGGAGCCCCCCAUGAGCUCUCCUCCUCCAUCGCUCAGAGAUCCGCCCUGGCCGCAUGGAGGCACCCCGCCCGGUAGACCUUCACCCACUGACAGGCCCUCCUCCCAGAGCCAGAGGAAGGAUUCCUGUCUGACCUCUGCAGUGCCGGGCCACCGAAUCCCAAGACCCUACAACAAAGUGGCCUCCA